AUGGGAGAGCACCUUGCUUUUCAUGGUACGGUCAUCCAUUCCCUAGGGCUGUCGGAGCUGGAGAUCAUCGAGGAUGCUCUGGUGGUUGUGAGCGACGGCAGAAUCGCUCGUUUAGACAAACAUAUUCCCAAGGCAGAAGUUCCCACUCUUCUAGAGUCCCUCAGCUCUCCCAAAGAGGUCAGGUAUCUGGGCCGAGGCGAAUUUCUCAUCCCUGGAUUCGUGGACACGCAUAACCACGCCCCUCAAUAUGCACAACGAGGUUUGGGGCAGUCGAUGCAUAUCCUUGAUUGGCUUGAUAAAGUGACAUUCCCCAAUGAGGCCCGUUUUCAGGACAUCGGCUAUGCCAAGCGCAUCUAUUCGCAAUGUGUCGACGGUUUCUUGAAGCAAGGCAUCACAACUGCAUCUUAUUACGGCUCACUGCACGCGGACGCCACCAACAUAUUGGCCGAUUUAUGUUUGCAGAAGGGGCAACGUGCUUUUGUCGGCAAAUGCAAUAUGAACAGAAAUGCGCCGGAAUUCUAUCGUGAUGCCUCUGUCGAGUCAUCCUUGGCUGAUACGGAGGCAUGCAUCCGGCACAUUCGCAAGAUCGACCCCGAAGGAAAGCUGUUGAAACAUGUCUUAACUCCGCGAUUUGCAAUCACUUGCGACCCAGAACUGCUGAAGGGCCUGGGCAAAAUAGCGUCCGAAAACCCAGAUCUGCCUAUCCAGACGCAUUUCAACGAGGCAGAGCAAGAGAUCAACUUCACCAAAACUCUUUUCCCGGAGUUCAAAAACGAGGCCGAUUUGUAUGAAUCUUUUGGCUUGCUUAAUCGGAGGUCUAUUUUGGCUCAUUGUUGUUUCAUGACUGAUUACGAAAUGGAUCGUCUGAAGUCACUUGAAUGCGGUGUUGCCCAUUGCCCGAUAUCGAACAUGACAGUUGGGGGCGGCUUUAUGGCCUCACCAAUUAGGCAGUUUCUGGGACGGGGAAUCAAGGUCGGACUCGGCACUGAUAGUGGCGGUGGGUACUCUUCGAGCAUCCUAGAUGCAAUGAGGCAAGCACUGGUCGCUUCGAACGCCAGGGAAGUGGCCUCCCAAGGCCAAGACCGCGGGUUAGGCAUUUCGGAGUUGUUCUUCUUGGCCACCCUGGGGGGGGCCCAGGUUUGCUGCCUUGAUGACAAGAUUGGUAACUUCGAGGUGGGCAAAGAAUUCGACGCUUUGCUGAUCAACAGCGGAACUCCAGGAAUUAUGACCAUGUUAGAAGACUGGGACUCAACAGAAACUAUCUUUGACAAGUUCAUCAUGACGGGGGAUGAUCGAAAUAUUGACCAAGUAUACGUUAGAGGAAGACUUGUUAAGUCCUAA